AAACAAAAGAGAAAAAAUGAGAAUUAAACACAAAAGUCAAUACCCUAUAUCAAGCAAUAACGAAAAGAAUAAAGCAAUAGACGGCAGCGACACGAAAGAACUAAAAGUACAGAAGAGAAGAUAGAUAGGAUUGUUAUGUGGACGGAAACUUCUUAUUAUCAUCCAUUUCUUUCUUUCACAAUUCACAAAGAGAUUUUUGCAGUUGUUGUUAUCACUAACUUCUAAAUUUUUCCAAAAACCAAGCAGUGUUCUUAAAAAUGAUUUUUCUUAUUAUGAUUAAUAAUUCUGAAGGUUUGCAAUAUUUAGAUCCUGAUUAGCUGUAGCCAUUAUAAUCUAUAUUUAUCACUCAAGAAAAACAAUAAGUUUGUUUAAAGUAUUUACCUAUUUGUAAUUUAAAAAUUGAAAGCAGUCGAAAAAAUUGUCAACUUUAUUAUUUGUUUUUAGGCUUUGUUUGGACUUUAUAUUAAGUUGGAAGAGUUAAUAAUAAUAUUAACCAAAGUGAUAAUUAUAAAUUAACUGCCAUUAGCGAGAUUAUUUUAAAGAAAAAAAAAAGAAAUUUGAUUCUCUUAAUGAUUUGAUAGAAACAAAUCCGAAAACAGCAGAGAGAAGAAAGUGAAACUGCUUUAGAAGAAGAAAAGGCAGAACUCUGCUGCUUCUGCUUGUUCCUCCUCAAAAUUCAAAAAGGUUUACUGAAUUGAAUCAAAGUGGUUUAGUUGUCUGAUGGGGACAGGGAACUCAAAGGAGAAUUGGAGACAGGAGUCUUCAUCAUCGUCUAGGUCAGCUUCUUCACCUUCAGCAGCAUCUUCUUCUUCAUGGGCUUCUCAUCAAAGCUAUCCUCAAUACGGUCCUGAUAGCUAUACCUAUCCUCCUACACCUUCCUAUGCUCCUCCACCUCCUGAGUAUACACACCCUCCUCCUUCACCUUCAUACACCACUCAGCCUUAUUCUCAACCUCCGCCUUCUCAAAGCUUUGGCAAUAAUAAGAAGAGGUUGGAGCGGAAGUACUCCAAAAUCUCUGAUGAGUACUCCUCUUUAGAGCAGGUGACGGAGGCUCUUGCAGGUGCUGGUCUAGAAUCUUCUAAUCUCAUUGUUGGUAUUGAUUUCACCAAGAGCAAUGAAUGGACAGGAGCCAGGUCCUUUAAUAGGAAAAGCCUACACUUCAUAGGCAACAGUCCCAAUCCUUAUGAACAAGCGAUAACCAUCAUAGGAAGAACCUUAGCCGCCUUUGACGAAGACAACUUGAUUCCAUGUUACGGUUUUGGAGAUGCGUCGACACAUGAUCAAGACGUGUUUAGUUUCAAUCCUGAUGAUAGGUUCUGUAAUGGGUUUGAGGAAGUGCUUGGUCGGUAUAAAGAGAUUGUCCCUCAGCUUAAGCUAGCAGGUCCAACCUCAUUUGCUCCGAUCAUUGAUAUGGCCAUGACCAUUGUCGAGCAGAGUGGCGGCCAGUAUCACGUCUUAGUGAUAAUAGCAGACGGGCAGGUUACCAGAAGUGUUGACACUGAAAAUGGGCAGUUAAGUCCGCAAGAACAGAAGACUGUGGAUGCUAUCGUGCAAGCAAGUAAGCUUCCUCUAUCAAUAGUCUUAGUUGGGGUUGGUGAUGGACCAUGGGACAUGAUGAGGGAGUUUGACGACAACAUUCCCUCCAGAGCUUUUGAUAACUUCCAAUUUGUGAACUUCACAGAGAUAAUGUCAAAGAACAAAGCUCAGUCCUUUAAAGAAACAGAGUUUGCUCUUUCUGCUCUCAUGGAGAUUCCUCAACAAUACAAGGCGACAUUAGAGCUUAACCUUCUAGGAAGAAGGAAUGGGUAUAUACCGGAACGAUUCCCUCUUCCACCUCCAAUGCAUGGUGGAUACAACAAGCCAAAGGCUACUCCUCGUGUUUCAAGUUUCAAUCCGAGUGUACCUCCUUAUCCAACUGAAAGCUAUCCAGUAAGGUCUAGUCCUGCACCGCCAGCUACUACAACCUCUGCUUCUGAUAACCAACUAUGUCCGAUUUGUCUGAGCAACCCUAAAGACAUGGCCUUUGGUUGUGGCCAUCAGACAUGCUGCGAGUGUGGACCGGAUCUUCAAAUGUGUCCCAUUUGCCGUGCACCAAUCCACACAAGAAUAAAGCUCUACUAGCCUUCAAGCAAGUAGACCAAGAUCCACAACCUUCUUACAGUUUCUUUUGGGGAUGUAAUCACUGAGCUUCCUCCACCGAGAAAGAUGGGAUCUUCUUUCUGUAAAAAGAAAAGUAAUACGUUAGUUUGUUCGUUGAUUCACUUUCCUAACUUUGAUCUUUGAAUUCUUUCAUUCUUCUUUGCUUGGAGUAAAUGUUGUUGUCAGUGUGUAGUCCUAAGUCUACCAUCGUUUUGUUUUCUGCUCUUUUGGUGAUUGUUUCUGAUAAAUUUGAUUCUUGAAAUUGAUUGUAGUGACGGUUUACACUUAUCCACCUACUUUUUCUUGCA